AGGAGAACGGAGAGCUGGACGGAGAGGAGGAGGACGAGGAAGAGGAAGUGGCAGUUUCCAUCCGACGUGGCAGUAGCCAAUACCAUGGAGGCAGGGAAGAGGGGCACAGGCAAAUCGGCAACAUGGCUGGACGAGUGACAGGAGACAGACAGCUGCGGCCCGGGAACCCCGGGCACGCCGCUAACCCUUAUUCGUCCAACCCAGGACCCCCCCACCAACAGACAGCCAAUCAGCAGCAGCAGCAGCAGCAGAGGCGGCUCCGGGAGCGAAGCUCCUCCACAGCGCCCUCUGCUGAUGACGCGCACAUCAGCAUGAUGGUGUUUCGCAUAGGCAUCCCUGACAUUAAACAGACGAAGUGCCUGCGCUUCAACCCGGAUGCCACGGUGUGGAAGGCUAAGCAGCAGGUGCUGUGCUCCCUCACCGAGUCCCUGAGGGACGUGCUCAACUACGGCCUCUUCCAGCCGGCCACCGACGGACACGACGCCAAGUUCCUGGAGGAGGAGCGCCUCCUCCGCGAGUACCCACAGUCCUUUGAGAAAGGCGUUCCCUACCUGGAGUUUCGUUACAAAACCAGGGUAUACAAACAGACAAACUUGGAUGAGAAACAACUUGCUAAAUUGCACACAAAGGCCAGUCUGAAGAAGUUCAUGGACUACAUCCAAAGCGGCUCAGUGGAGAAAAUAGCCAAAUUCCUCGACAAAGGUGUUGACCCAAACUACCACGACCCAGACACUGGAGAGACUCCUUUGACACUGGCAGUGCAGUCAGAUCAGUCGGCGGGGGAGACCAUUCGGCUGCUUGUGAUGGGGGGAGCACACAUCGACUUCCGAGCCAAGGACGGCUUGACCCCCCUACACAAGGCUGUCCGUUGCCAUGGCCACACUGCACUGCUGACUCUGCUCUCACUGGGCGCGUCUCCAGACUAUAAGGACCGGCGUGGCCUGACGCCGCUCUACCACACUGUGCUGACAGGGGGCGACACCUCCUGCUGCGAGACGCUGCUCUUCCACAGGGCCAAAGUAGGCAUCCGCGACGAGAACGGAUGGGACGAGACCCACCAGGCCUGCCAAAAUGGCAACUCUCAGCACUUGGAGCAUCUACUUUUCUACGGAGCGGACUCCACUUCCCAGAAUGCCUCAGGAAACACUGCCUUGCACAUCUGUGCUUUAUACAAUAAGGAGAGCUGUGCCCGCAUUCUGCUGUACAGGGGAGCCAAUAAGGACACCAAGAACAACAGUGGGCAGACCCCCUUCCAGGUGGCAGUAAUGUCUGGUCAUUUUGAACUUGGAGAGAUCAUUAAAAACCACAGGGAGACUGACGUGGUGCCCUUCUUGGAGUCGCCCAAGUACGCCCCCCAGAGGCGGGAGAGCGGGCGCACGCUGGCCUUGCCUCACCCGCACCCCUUCCUGCGCGCCAACAGCGAUAACAGCAUGAACCUGCCCGACUGGAUGGCGUUCCCCAACGCCGCGGGCUCCAACAUCGUCUCCGUGCAGGGCUAUAAGCAGGGCACCCUGCGCAGCUCCAGCAGUCCGCGUGGGGCCCGCACACGCUCGCCCUCUCGGGGUCGAGUCGUGGACAGAGACGACAGGAGCCGCCAGACGCGGGGCAGACAGGGCAGUCAGGGCACAGUGGGAGGCGGUCAGCGGCGCCGCCUGUACAGCGCCGUCCCCGGCCGCGUGUUCGUGGCCACGCGCUCCCACACCGCCCAGGGCGAGCGCGAGAUCAGCUUCAGCAAGGGAGACAAGGUCAAAGUGCUGAGUGUGGGUGAGGGGGGCUACUGGGAGGGCACGGUGAGGGGGCGCACUGGCUGGUUCCCCUCGGACAACGUGGAGGAAGUAGCGCUACGUAGCCUGGAGCCCCGCUCAGAGAGCCGCAGCGAGAGGACCAAGCGACUCUUCAGGCACUACACCGUGGGCUCCUACGACAGCUUUGACGCGCCCAGUGACUACAUAAUCAAAGAGAAGACCGUGCUCCUGCAGAAAAAAGACAAUGAGGGUUUCGGAUUCGUUCUAAGAGGGGCCAAGGCCCAGACACCCAUUGAGGAGUUUACUCCCACUCCGGCGUUCCCAGCACUGCAGUACCUCGAGUCUGUUGACGAGGGGGGUGUGGCCUGGAGAGCGGGUCUGCGAAUGGGAGACUUCCUCAUUGAGGUGAAUGGGCAGAAUGUGGUUAAGGUGGGCCACAGACAGGUGGUCAACAUGAUCCGGCAAGGUGGCAACAGCCUGAUGGUGAAGGUCGUCAUGGUGACCCGCAAUCCUGACUUGGACGAUGGCACCAGAAAGAAAAUCCCUCAACAGAGUAAGCGUCUGAGCACGCCGGCAAUAGCCCUGCGCUCCAAAUCCAUGACCUCGGAGCUGGAGGAGAUGGAGUUCGAAUCCUCCCAAGUUACAGAGAAGAAGAGGACAGUCUAUCAGAUGGCUUUGAAUAAACUGGACGAGAUUUUGGCAGCAGCUCAACAGACAAUCAGCACCAAUGAGGGGCCGGGGGUUCGGGCGCAGGGGUCAAAGAGAGAACGAGGCCGCAGCUUUUACGGCAAUGAGCCCAAUUAUGACCAGUCGGGGAUGGGGAUGAUGUCGUCUGGGGCAGGGCUCGGUUAUGACCGGGGCCAGUUUGCCUCUGGCCACGCCCCUCCUCACGGUAUGCUGCGACAGAAGUCCAUCGGCUGCCCUGUCCAUCACGUGGCCUUGUUCUCUCCAUCAUUUUACCACUCUUUUCCUCAAGGAGUCCCCGAGGAGGAGAAGUCGUACCUCCAUCCUCCGGGCAUGAAGUUUGCGCGCAGCUUAUCCGUCCCUGGCUCAGACGAAAUCCCCCCACCCCCGACCACGGCUCCGCCCGACCCCCCCUUCUCGUCGGCGCCUCCCCUGGGCUGGAGGGGCAAGACGGCCCAGCAGCCGUCCACCGUGUCCGUGUCCCAGUCCACCGCCACCUCCACACACUACCAGCUCUACCAGCAGUCCGGCUACGCGGGCCGGGACCGGGGCGGAGGAGGCCCGCCGCCCGACCACACCGCCGCCUCCUACGCCCACCAGGCACCCACCCGGACCGCCUCCCGCAAGGUGAUUGGCUACCCGGGCGAGGUGGGCGGGGUGCCGGGGGCCGGGGGAGGCGCCGGUAUGGGCAUGGGCGGCGGGAAAGCGGCGGGCUUGAGGAGGGGCUACAGCAACGCCGUGCCCCCGACCAGCAUCGCCACCGUGAUGCCCCAGCAGCAGAUGCAGGCGUCCCAGGGCCAGCCGAGGGGUCCCGGGGACCAGCGGGGAGGGGGGAUGACCGGUGGCGCAGGGGUCGGACCAGGGCCGGGCGGUGGAGGCGGCGGCGGCGGUGGCGUACCGAAGGGGGGCGCCCGGCGGGGGGGGAAGGGCCCCCUGGUCAAGCAGUCCAAGGUGGAGGACAUGCGCUCGGCCCAGCUGGCGGCGCUGGGGGCCAAGGGCUCGGUGGAGAAGAGCUCCAUCCCCAUCCCCACCAUCAUCGUCAAGGCGCCCUCCACCAGCAGCAGCGGGCGCAGCAGCCAGGGCAGCAGCGUGGAGGCCGAGCCGCCCCAGGGCACCUCCGGCGGUGACGACGGCUCCCAGCCCCCGUCCGGAGCGGCCCCCCCGCCUCCGCCUGCCGUCACGCCGCCCGCCCCGCCGUCCAUGCCGGCGCCGCCGCCCCCCUCCAUGCCCCCGGCGCUGCCCCCGUCGCUGCCCUCCAUCCGGGCGCAGGACAGCAUGGACUUCACCAGCCAGUUCGGCGCCGCCAUCGUGGGGGCGGCCCGGCGUGACCGCGAGCGCUUCCACGAGGCGCGCCGCAAGAGCGCCUCCUUCUUCCUCUCGGCCGAGGAAGACAUCGGAGGCGCCAUCGUCGGAGGAGGAGGAGUCGCGGGAGGAGGAGGAGGAGUGGGCGCAGGAGGAAGACCCACCCCGCGCCUGCGCCCGUCCAAGUCCAUCGACGAGGGCAUGUUCUCGGGCGACACCUUCAUCCACCAGGCCCGCAGCAUGCCGCCGGCGUUCGGCCUGCCCGAGUACUCCACCACCGCCACGGGCCAGAUGGGCGACUACCAGCCCAAGUCCGUCCCGGUCGACUUCUACGGCGUGCUGGACCCGUCGUCGCCGCUGGGCCUGGCCCUGGCCGCCCGCGAGCGCGCCCUGAAGGACGACAGCCGCAUGCGGCGCGAGCGUGCGCCGGCCGAGCACAUGUUCACCCGCCAGCUGUCCAACGUGGGCGUCUACUCGUCGUCCGCCGCCGGGCCUCCGGUCGCCUCGUCCUCCUCCGCGCCCCAGCACUCCUCGGGCACCUCGUCCUACCUGGUCACCUCGUCCUCGCUGGCCGCCACCACCACCUCCACGCGGCCGCCCUCGCCCAGGAUCCUGCGCUGGGGCGAGGACGGCUCCGGCUCGGACCGCGAGCGGGACGCCGCCGGCCCCGCGGGCGGAGGGAGCGCCACCGCCGCCGCUCCCCGCGAGGGUUUGCGCGUGCGCUUCUCGGAGGACAAGACGGUCCACACGCACCACUACCAGGCCCAGCAGCAGCACUACCAGCCCGGCUACAGGGAGCGCGAGCGGGAGCGCCAGCGCGAGAGGUCCCGGGAGAGGGACGCCGAGCGGGCACAGCGAUCGCAGACGCCGCCGCAGCAACAACAGCAGCACCAGACCCAGGGAGGAGGAGGAGUGGGCGAACGGGGCACCGCGGCUGCCGCUGGCGGCCCUGGCAUCAUGGUCCUCCCGCCCCCGGCGCCGUCCGUGGACGCCGACGACGAGUUUGUGUUCGCCGACCCGCUGCCCCCGCCGCUGGAGUUCGCCAACAGCUUCGACCGGGGCAUCGCGUCGAGCGGCAUGAGCGCCUACGCCAGCCUGGUGGCCAACAGCAUGAAGGAGUCCUACAUCCUGACCGGCUACUCGCCGCACACGCCCCUGCCCUCGCCCCAGGCCGGCGACUCCACCACGUCCAGCCUGACGUCCUACGACAGCGAGGUGGCCAACCUGACUCAGUCGGCGCCGUCGCCCUCGUCCCCCCACACGCAGCACCCGGCCUCCCCGUCGCACGGCCACUCGCACGGUCACUCCCACGCCUCGGCCCUCCAGCCGUCCGGCCCCCCUCCCCCGCCCAGCGUCUCGCCUCCGCCUCCCCCGACGUCCACCUCCGCCUACCACCACCACCACCGGUCCUACGCCCUCUCCCAGACGCAGGCGCAGCAGCAGCACCACCUGUACAACAGCACCCACUCGGUGACCGGGCGGGCCACAUCCCCCACGCCCCCACCCCAGUCCAUCAGCGCGGUGCCCCCUCCGCCCGCCUACCGGAGCCCGUCGCCCGUGCCCACCUCCGCCGCCUCCGCUGCCCACAGGGGCGUCUCGCUGGGCGCCGGCACCGCCGCCGCGUCCAGCGCCGCCUCCGUGACGCAGCCGAGCGAGCGUCAGGCCACGGUCUCCACGGUGGCCACGGGCGCCGGCGGGAUCCGACGGGCGUCCGACCACCGGGCGCCCGCCGCCGCAUCCUCCUCUUCCGCCGCCACCUCGUCCAAGAGCGUCGCGGGCGAGUCGCAGGAGACGGUGGUGGACUCGGGCAUCGAGGAGCUGGACAGCCGCAGCAGCAGCGACCACCACCUGGACAGCAUCCUGGCCAUGAGCCGCGCCGAGCGGCUGGAACGCGGCGGCGGCGUGCUGCCCAGCGAGAGCGACCGCGCCAGCACCGACCUGCUCGAGUCCUACAUGAGCUACCUGGACGGCCAGUCCUUCGAGAUGCACAACACCAAGACGGCCGCCAGCGCCGCCGCCUCCACCUCCGCCGCCACCUCGGCCGUCUCCACCUACCCCAAAGUGCAGCGCUACCGCGAGGGCGUGGCCCGCCGGCAGACCAGCACGGCGCCCGCCGCCUACCGCCGCCGUGAGCAGCGCCAGGAGGACGACGAGGACGACGAAGAGGCCGAGGCGGAAGCGGCGGCGGCGGCGGCCGAGCGGCAGGCCGAGGAGGACAGCUACCGGCUGCGCGAGUCGCAGAACCUCAGCCGCUCCUCCAUGCUGUACUACGAGAGGCCCCGCACGCCCGAGAUGAAGUCCAUGUGGGGCGACGGGGGCGCGCAGACCUCGGCGGGCGCCUCCGGCAGGGACGAGGGCGGGGCGCAGAGCUACAUCGAGGGGCGCAAGCUGCACCCGCCCAUGACCGGCAUGAAGGCCAGCAUCCUCAACGAGCUGAGCAGCAAGCUGCACGAGAGGAACAAAGGCAUGGAGAGCUGGGGCAGCCAGCGGUCACUCGCCAGACACAGGUUCUCUGAGGACUCCACGGCUGCCCUGAGCCCUCCCUCCGUCCGAUCCCCGUCUCCCUCCCCCAUGUCGCACUCCCAGCCGUCCCUGGCCCCGUCCCCGACCGCCGGCUCCCAGUCGGGCCACUACUCCAGCUGGGCGCGCUCGCCCUCGCCCCAGCCCCCGUCCGGCGGCUCCGGGCCCUCGCAGGCGCCCCCCUCCCGCUCCCACUCGCCCGUCUCGCCCAGCGCCUACUCCCCGUACCCGACGUCCCCCAAGCACCGGCCCGUGUACCGCACCAAAGCGCUGGAGUUCCAGUUCAUCCCGAGCCGGGAGCGCAAGGGCGACCUCCAGCAGCGGCGCCGCGCGCCCAGCCCGCUCAUCUCGCCGUCGGAGCGUCCGCGUCUGGGCCCGCCGCGGCCCUCCUCGCUGCCCAUCCUGCCCACCACGCCGCUCUACAGCAGCCUGUACGACCUGCGCGGCUCCAUCACGCCGCCGUCGCCCGCCAACCCGCUGGGCGACCCCUACUUCUCGCCGUCGCCGCCCCUCUUCGCCCCGUCGGGGGCGCCGCCGCAGAACGCCUCGCUGGUGGUGUCGCGCUCGCUCUCGCCCACGCACUUCCUCUCGGGGACGUCGUCGCCGCCGCUGCACCCCAUACCGCCCCCCACCUGCCUCAGCUACCCGCACCUGCCGCCCCCGUCGCCCUCCAAGCCCUUCGCCUCCAAGCCGCUGCCCUACUGGACCAAGUACGACGUGGCCGACUGGCUGGGCUACCUGAACCUGGCCGAGCACCGCGAGCGCUUCCUGGACAACGAGAUCGACGGCACGCACCUGCCCUCCCUCACCAAGGAGGACUACCUGGACCUGGGCGUGACCCGCGUGGGCCAUCGUAUGAACAUCGAGAGGGCACUACGCCGCGUGAUGGACAGGUGAGAGAGGCUCUCCAGCAGUCCCUUCCCCAUCUCUGUUCUCUCUCCUCGUGAUGGACAGACAGAGAGACGGAGGGAUGAGGGAAUGAGAAGCUGAGGCGGAGUACAAAAAAGGACAAUGAAAGAGUGUGUGUGUGUGAGAGAGAGAGAGAGAGAGAGAGAGAGUGUGUGUGUGUGUGAGGGAGAGAGAGUGAGAGAAAGAGAGAGUGAGUGAGACAUCGAGAAAGAAAGAAAAAGAAAGCAGAGGCAAGAAGAGACUCAACCACUGCUGCUAUCAAAGGUGAAUUUUCAAACGGUACGGCCUGGAGUGUAAGGACUUCACCAUCAACAGACUUGCAUCACAACUGAGGAUUGGAUGGCUAAAGGGCUGAAGAUAAAUAUAUGUGAAUAUGCCCAGGGUAUACACUCAAAUACACCUAAAUGUGUGCACACACACACACACUGACAAGCAUGUGCCUCACAGCAACACAUAUACCCCCCCACACACACAACACACACACCGACACGCACGCGCACACACACACACACACACACACACACACACACACUCACACACACACACACACACACACAUAACUAUACAAGCACACUCACUAAGAAAAAUAUCCUGAAUGAAAAAAAAAGGUAACUCAUGACCAACCAUGACCAAAAUAGUAGGCAACUUGGUGAAAAAGAGCCAAAAAUAACCGAAACAAUCAAUUAUCUGUACGCUUUUUUUUUUUUUACCUUUUGUUGUGAACUAGAACGAGCAAUUCAGCGAGAGUGUGUGUAGAAACAGAGACGACAACCAGGCUAAGCCUGCCUGCUCGUCUCUCCACACUACUGUCAGUGACCUUGAGUUCCGGUGCUUUAUUCAGCCUCUGGGUUCAUUUCUCAAAAGAGCCAUCACUACUGCGGAUGAAAACUCUCAGAUUAAUUCAAAUCAACGAAGCUCAGUGCAAGCAAACACUAUUGGCUGAGUCUUCAGGAGGAGCGGUUGCAAUUGGCGAUUUGUACAGUGUUUGCUGACUGAUUGGUAGAGCCUUGUCACCCACAGGAGAUAAUCUGUCCCGUGACAGCGACAGGUCUACCCAAGCCAGAGGUAUGAUUGGUGAAAUGUAUACGUACGUUGGAGCGGAUGAAGACUUUAGAGUAACAGAUUUUUAAUCGGUGGCACUUACGCAUGCACUUGUUAAGUAGGUUGGCUCACUUCGCACUGUGGAGUGACCUGGGAGCGCUGUGGGCGUGGCCAGAGUUUUGCAUCGCAUCCGAGGAGGAACUCCGCCAGCAGCCAGGUUACCAGGUGACCCCAGCAGUUUGAAAAAAAGCCCAAUCCCUCCCUUGUCCUACGCCCCCCACCCCCACCUCACCCGUUUGUAAUAGUGUGAAUGUGAUUGGUGGAGACGUGUUUGGUAGGAGUCAGCAUGAUUGAUUAUUUGUUCUUACCUCACCACUGGGGGUGUCCACAGAGAGAGACCUCUGGGUUCUGUUGUAUUUCGCUACAGCUUCUUAAUCAUCUUACAAUGACAUAUAUACAUAUAUAUAAAAAAAUAUAUAUAUAUAUACAGACUGGUCACUGUAUUUCAAAUCUGUAGCAAAAAUAAGUGCCCAGACCAACAGUAGAUCAUACACACAUACAUGCACACACUCACACAAACACAAUCUUACAGUAAACACUGACACCAAAUGUACAGAACAAUUCAAACAAAACCUUCCACAUAUGGUACACACACAUACACUCACACACUCAAUCUUUCGUAUAUUAGAAAUAAUGGGACACCUUAAAUGUCUGUAUGAAUCAUCACUGAUAUGGACGUUGGAAAAAAAAUCUAUUCUGUAAGAUGAUACCAGAGAUGUAACAUUGUACAAAAAAAAUAUACUAUAAGAAUUGUCAAACUUUUUACAAGAGACUUGAGGAACCGAACUGACUGCUAGACCAACAACUCCAA